GUAAUAGUAUAGAAGAAAGACAAGUCUACCAAACAACUUGUUCAAACAUUAUCAAGUAACUACCACUACUACUAUAUCAAAAGUUCCGUCGAUAUCUAAUAUUGUGACAAUGGCACCUGCACCAAUUGAUGAACGUAUCAAGGACGUUGCGCCGCCACGUAAAGAUACGCUUGGUCUUCCUGAGCCCGCUCUCCAGCGUCUAAAGAAGGCGGGUAUUGACCUGUCAAACGGCUAUCCCUAUCGCCCGGCCAGGCCACUCUACCUUCAAGAUGUCUAUAACAUUAGAAGCAAAGAAUGGAAGCAUGAAGACGCCGGAGCGCGUGCGGAUAAGUCAAAGUCGGCACUGCUCUCUGCCGCCACUAAAGUCACGGACCUCACUGCUCAUAUCGGAACUGAGAUUGAGGGAUUGCAAUUGAAGGACCUUACAGAUCAGCAAAAAGACGAACUAGCCCUCCUCAUAGCUGAGAGGAGCGUCGUCUUCUUCAGGAAUCAAACGGAUCUGUCGCCUCAAGAUCAGCUAGCUCUUGGAAAGUACUAUGGAGAGGUCGAGGUUCACCCCCAAGUAGCGCAAGUCCCUGGUAACCUAGGCGUAACUGUUAUAUGGCCCGAUCUGCAAGCUACCGAACGGGUGGCUAACUUCAGAAACCCUGGAGGAGCUUCGCGGUGGCAUACAGAUCUCGUGCACGAGCUGCAGCCAGCCGGGAUCACGCAUCUCCACAACGACACUGUCCCACCCGUUGGCGGCGACACGCUCUGGGCGAGCGGAUAUUCGGCCUACGAGAAGCUAUCGCCGGAUUUCCGCAAGAUUAUCGACGGCAAGCUAGCCGUGUACCGCUCCGCGCAUGGGUACCUAGACCGGGAUCACCCUGAGCAAGGCCCCAAGUUCGUCGAACGCGUGCACCCGCUCGUUCGCGUGCACCCCGCCACAGGCUGGAAAGCUCUUUGGGUUAACAGAGCCAUGACCGAUCGCAUAGUUGGCUUGGACCGUGCGGAGAGCGACGUCAUCUUGAACUACCUCUUCGAUGUCUUCGAGAAGAACGUGGAUAUCCAAGUGCGAUUCCGCUGGACAGCAGGGACCAGCGCGCUCUGGGAUAAUCGCAUAACUAUUCACAACGCGUCGUGGGACUAUAAUGGCAAGUAUCCUAGGCACGGAACCCGUGUCACUUCGUUAGCUGAGAAGCCAUAUUUUGAUCCGGCGGCGCCGACUCGGCGCGAGGCUCUGGGGCUCUUGGAUGAGAGCGAGAAGCAGAUUGAUGGACCUGCUUGAAUGGACAAUGUACCUGUAGUCAAACGGAAUGGAAUAAACCAAUAUGCCUCAUAACGCCAUUCUACUAGAGCAACGUUUGUGGACAGUCUGAGUUAUGAAAGUUGACUGACGAUGGUUUCAAACGAGCUCGAAUUAUGGAGCGUAGAAAUUUGACGCCCGGACAUUCUAGCUACACUGAGCUUUUAUCAAGCCACGCCCAAGGCCUAGGAUGUAAAGGGGGUAGAAGUGAUGAAUGAGUAAUGCUGUGUUAACUGAAAUUCGAAAUUAAUUCACGACUAAUUCAUGGCCUCUUCUGUACGGUUCGGUAGAGCCCAAGCGAAAUAGAUAAUUGCGAGGAAAGUAUUCUGGUACCCUAUUCAUGCCUAAGAUAGCGGAGUGCACUAUGCAGGCUCGGCC